AUGUCCACAUCUGUGGCUUCGAACAAAUACCAGAACACUAGGCUGAUAUUUCCUGCUGUGAUGGCGACCGACCUCCUACAUCUGCCGCAUCAAGUUGAUCCAGAUGGAGAUAUAAUCCUCUUCACACCAAAAGCCCCCUUGAUUAACAUCGAGAAAUGCACUGUCCCAAGAAAUUAUGCUCACUUCCAAGUCUCAUCAAAGCACCUCGCACUUGCGUCAGCGUAUUUCAAACGGAUGCUGAAAGACUGUUGGGCUGAAGGGAAUGCUCUUUCAACAAAUGGGUCCGCUGAGAUCCCUGUCAACAACUUCAAACCAGAUAUCCUUCUGCUCAUUUUGAAUCUUAUCCAUGGACGUUUACGACAAAUACCUCUCAAGUUGUCCCUGCCGCAAUUGAGUGAUAUUGCCAUCGUCGCCGACUUUUUCCAAUGCCACGAGAUCGUCUAG